AUGUUGACUCCUCUCUCUGCACGCGGGUCGGCGAGGCGCGGCAGCAUCGCUGAUGAGCCCUCCUCGGGCCGUCGUCGGAGCAUCUCGGCACGGGUUUCCCGCCUCGCUGCCCCCGUCUCCAUCCCGCGCAGUCAGCGCAGUGAAUCGGGCAGCGUAACACCGACGCGCUACCGCAGCGACGUCUCCGUCAGCCCACGCCGGGUCCGCGUUGAGGGCUACGAGACCCCGGCAGCGACCAAGGCGAAUGCCAUGAAGGUUUACAUCCGUGUCCGCCCCUUCAGCGAGCGUGAGAUUGCGCAGAAGACGACAGACCACAGCACCAUUCGCAUCGAUGCAGAGAACCCGUCGGUCAUCACCAUCCUCGAGCCGUCGCGUGGCUUCCGCCCGCUCUCCACCCACAUCUUCAACCGCUGCUUCUGGUCCGUAUUUGAGACGUCGAAGAACGGGGCGGAGAAUUCACAGGUGGAGAUACGCGCUGGGGUCGACACCUUCCUGAACGGUGGCAUGAACUCAGCCCGUCGCUCGCGGGCGCAGUCCAUCGUCGGGCAGCCGGGUGUGCCGCUGUCGGCGCGUCGAGCCUCACGACUAAGCUUGGAGACGGACGGGCAGGAGCAAACCGAAGCGCCGGCCUACGAAGGCGCCGGCUCAGCCCCGGUCAUGGUGGACGCUAACGUGAGCCACCCGCCCUACGCGGGCCAGGACGAGGUGUACAACCACGUCGGCAAACCCAUCGUCGACAACACGCUGGACGGCUAUAACGGCUGCAUCUUCGCCUACGGCCAGACAGGUAGUGGCAAGACCUUCACCAUGCUGGGCUACGCACCGAGCCGCAGCGACAUCCGCGCACGCCGCGAAUCCAUGACCACCUCCACCUCAAUUGCCCCCGACGACGCCUCUACGGCAUACAACAAUUGCGACCCCUUUGAGAGCGACGACGGCGAUGACGUGGUGGACAAGACGGGGUUGGACCCGAACGAGCUGCAGGGGAUCAUCCCCCGCUCCUGCGCCGACCUCUUUGACGGUCUGCACGUGAAGCGUGAGAAGGACUCCGACUUCACCUACCGCGUGGAGGUGUCCUACUACGAAAUCUACAACGAGAAGGUGUUCGACUUGAUUCGGCCGCAGCGCAACACGGACUUGAGGAUCCGCAACACGCCGAACUCCGGUCCUUUUGUGGAGGGUUUGACGUGGAAGCUAGUGAACAAGGAGGAGGACGUGGCGCGUGUGAUCCGCAAGGGUAUGCAAGAGCGCCACACGGCCGCAACGAAGUUUAACGACCGCAGCAGCCGCAGUCAUGCCAUUCUCAGCUUCAACAUCGUGCAGCUCUCGAUGGACGAGUCGGACAACGCAUUCCAGAUGCGCAGCAAGCUGAAUCUGGUGGAUCUCGCGGGCUCUGAGCGCACUGGAGCGGCUGGUGCGGAGGGCGACGAAUUCCAUGAUGGCGUGAAGAUCAACCAGUCGCUGACGGUGCUGGGCCGUGUGAUUGACCGCCUGGCGGAUCUGUCGCAAAACAAGGGGGGUGGUCUCCCGGUCCCGUAUCGCGACUCCAACUUGACCUGGGUGCUGAGCGACUCCAUUGGCGGCAACAGUCAGACCUCGAUGAUUGCGACCAUCUCGCCCCACGUGAUCAACUACGAGGAGAUGCGCCAGACGAUUCGUUAUGCGUCGCGUGCGAAGAACAUCAUCAAUUGGGUGAAGAAGAACGAGGACCCACAAGUGGUGAUGAUCCGCGAGUUGCGCGACAAGGUGGCGAACCUGGAGCUGCGUCUGAAGGAAGCCGGUGGCAGCAACUACACGAACGAGUACGUGCGGGGGCUGGAGAAGCGUGUGAAGGAGCUGGAGAAGAAGUGCGCGGAGCAGGAGCGCAUCGUUGCGGCGUUGCGGGCGGAGCUGGAGUACGCCGGUAUUACCGACCCCACCGCGCAGGAGGGCUUCUUAGACCCGGAGAACAAGGCCAAGAUGGAUCAGCAAAAGGCGAAGGCGGAGGAGGCGAUGAAGAAGCAGCUGGAGAAGGCGCAGAUGACGAUCGCAGAGCUGAAGGCGGAGCUGGAGCGUCGCGCGAACACGAUCGAACCAGAGCGGCUGAAGGCGAUGAAGGAGAAGUUGGAGCGGCAGGACUCCCGCCUCCACGCACUCACCACGCAGGUGAUGUUGUACAAGCGCCUCUGGCAGUACUUCGACAGUGUUGAUGCGGUCAUGGAGCUCGUCGAGGACAAGGAGAACCUGCUGCUGCGGGCCUGCGGCAACGCCCUCUCCUCCACCAGCACCGAGUCGUCGGCUCUCAUCGCUCGCAUGAACACGGAGCGUGAAGAGGAUCUCGCGGAGCUAAAGAGGCGCCACGACGAGGAGCUCGCCGCGCAGGCGGAUCGCUUCCGUGCUCGCCUGAAAGACACUCUGGACGACAGCGCCGCGCAGCAGCAGCAGCUCCUGGACCGGCACAAGGACGCCAUCGCCCAGCUGGAGGGCCGCCUGCAGCGCACACGGGAGCUGAACGAGCAGGAGCGCAAGCGCAGCGACGAGGAAAACGAGCUGUUCCGCCAGAAGUUGUUAGACGCGCAGGAGCGCAUGCGACUUGAGUACCAGCAGGACGUGGAGAAGCUGCGCGCGCACGUGGAGGGCGACGUUGGCGAACGGCAGAAGAACUCCGAUGCGAUGCGGCAGCUGCAGGACGCCCACAACCGUGAUACGGCGCGCAUGAAUGAGGAGGUGGACCGCCUGAAGCGCAGCAAAGAUGUGGAUGUGUCACGGCUGCAAAAUCAGUUAGAGAAUGAGCGUCUGCGUCGCGAGUCGGAUCUCAUGGAGAAGGACCGUCAGAUGCGACUGGUGCGCAACGAGGUGGAGGAUAGCAAGCGUGCCUUGGACAAGCUGAACGACGAGAAGAACAAAAUGGAGAAGGAGUACCAGGAUCAGAUUCGCGAUUUGAUGCUGCAGCAGGAGCAGCUGAUUGCGGUGAGCAACGCGGUGCUGGCGGAUUGGGAGAACAAGUCGUCCACACUCGAGGCCGAUCUGCACAAGCUGCGGGGGUUGGUGUACGAUAAGGACUACAUGAGCUUCCGUCAGAAGAUUCGCGAUAUGGCCUUUAUGGAGCGUGAAAACUACGAUCAGAAGUUCCAGGAACUGGACGAGAAGGAGAAGCUCCAGGCCGCACGCAUUGGUCAGAUCAUUUCGAAGGCCCGCCGCGCGAAUGAUGAACAGCACCGCACCUUAAAGCGGUUUGAAAGGGACGUGAAGGAGCGCAUUGGUGGGCGGACGAAGGGACUGACCAGCAGCGACAACGGCUCCUCGCAGGGAUCGCCACCGUCGGAGCUGAUCUCGAUGCAAAGCCCGGAGGCUCAACAGCACUAG